AUGACUAAGAAAAGGACUAAUGAAUCCAAUGGUUUUGAAUCAACAAAAGCUGCUAAGAAGCAAAUUGUAAAUGAAUAUAAUGGGUUUAAACCAAGUUCCAAAAAUACAAAAUUAGAAUCAUUUAACUUAGAUCAAAUCAAUGAUAAAGUCAUUAAUAAUCAUAUUAAUGAUAGAAAACCAUUAAUAUUGAAAUAUGUUGGAAAAUUCCAAAACUUAGAUAUUGCAAAUUUCCAACCAAGUAAAAUCAUUGAUACAUUACAUUAUGAUGAAUUAUUAUUAGUUGAAAGAAAAUAUAAAGGUGGUUUUGGAAGUGGCACUCAAAGAAUUCAAAUGAAGUUUAAUGAGUUUAUGGAAAAAGUUACUAAAGGUGAUGAAUAUUAUUUAACUACACAAUAUGUCGAAAAUGAACCUGGGAAAGAGGAUGAAGAUGAUGAAGAAGAUGGAGAUGAUGCAGAAGCAUUAAAUGGUCAAAAAGAUAUUGAAAAUAGUGAAGAAGAAGAAGGUGAUGAUGAUGAUGAAGAUGAAGAAGGUUUAGGACUUCCAGAAAUACCCAAUGAUCAAUUCUCAGAUACAGAUUCAAUUGAUAUGAAUGAUAUUCAUGAUGAUUUUGAUGAUAUUGAAGAUCAAUCUGAAAACGAUGAAGGUGAAGGUGAACCAAUUUCUUUAAAAUUCCCAAAAGAUCCAUUAUAUGAAUCAGAAGCAAUUAGAAGAAUUCAAGAAUUUAUUCAAAAACCAUUAACAAAUUUAAUUAAAGAUGAUAAACUACCUCUUAAAAUUGAAUUUUUAAAAAAUUUAAUACCACAACAAGUUAAUCUUUGGAUUGGUUCAUCAAAUUCACAACAAUUAAAUGUUAAUAGUUUAAAAGAUUUAGAAUUAGAUAUAAAUUCUGAUGAUUUGGGAUUAGGUAAAAAAUUAAUUGAUGGUGGUACAUCAUCAGGAUUACAUCAUGAUCAUUCAGAUAAUUUAUAUAUAUUAGUCAAAGGUUUUAAAAGAUUUACUUUAUUCCCACCAAGUGAUGCAGAAAAUUUAUAUUUAGUUGGAGAUUUAAAUAAAAUUUAUUCAUCAGGUGUUAUUGAUUAUAAAAAUAAUGAUAAAGCACCUGGAUGGAGAAAAGUUAGGGAUGAUGGGGCAUUAGAAACUGAAGUUGCUAAAUGGAGGUUAGAUAAUGAAUCAAACUUAAAUUCUAGUGAACGUGAUGAAUUAAUUAAAUUAAUUGAAGAAGAAGAUAGAAUAUUGAAUAAUGAAAUAAAUAAAAAAUUAGAUAAUGGGAAAGAAUCUAUAAAAAAAGACCCACCUUCAUUUUCAACAAUCCCACCAAUAGUUUUACAUUUAGAUCAAAUAAAAGAUGAUGACUUACGUUCAAAAAUAACCAAAAUUGCACAAUCAAAAUGGCCAAAUUUUUUUAAAUGUCAAAAAAUUGAAGUAUUAAUUAAACCAGGUGAUUUAUUAUAUUUACCUGCAGGUUGGUUUCAUGAAGUUACAUCAUAUGGAUCAAAUGAUGAAUUAAAUGAAACAAAUGAAGAUAAAGACAAUGAUAAUACUCAUAUUGCAAUAAAUUAUUGGUUUGCUCCACCAAAUGAUUUUAACAAAACAUAUAAAGAUGAAUAUUGGAGACAAGAUUUCCAAAGAACUAAAGAAUCAUGUACUUUAUUUAAAGAUGGGGUUAUUAAUGUUUAA